AUGACUCUCCACGGACGAUGCCUUUGCGGCAAGGUCAAGGUCGAGGUCGACGACUCCAAGGAGCCCGUCACCACUGCCCUCUGCCACUGCACCAACUGCCUAUCGACGUCGAGCGGUGUCGCGUCGGUCGUCUCGAUCCUCUCCGAGGACAGCGUCAAGCUCUCGGGCACCAUCAAGCAGUACGAGGACAAGACGACUUCGAGCGGCAAGGCCCUGACGCGCUCGUUUUGCUCCGAGUGCGGCAGUCCCGUUAGCUCGGUGAGCCCCAACUUCCCGGGCAAGGUGGUGCUCAAGUACGGCCUGUUCGGUCAGGACCACGCGGGCAAGUACCCCAAGCCGGGCGUCGAGAUCUACUGCAAGAACAAGAACCCCUGGGAGCCCUCGAUCGAGGGUGUCAAGUCGCUCGAAGGCAGCUUCUGA